AUGAAUUGUGUUUCAUUAGAAUCAGUCGACUUGCGAACAGUUACUCAGAUUGGUGAUGGAUGUUUUGGAGGAUGUGAAAAUCUUAAGAGUAUUAUUGGAUUAGAAACAUCAAGAACAUAUGAUGCCAAUGUUUUCAAUGACUGUCCAAACUUAGUUAUUUCGGAAGUUGGCAAUGUUGGUUGGGAAAUGUUUUCAAUGUGUCAUUCAAUCACAAGUGUUGUUUUCAAAGGCACAGAAUUACAAAACGGUGUUUUUAUGCAUUGCUUGAAUUUAGAAAGUUUCGAAUGUCAGAGUAGCUUUCAAUCUAUUCCAGAAAAGUGUUUUUAUGGAUGUAUCAAACUUAUUACUGUAAUAUUACCUCCAUCUGUUACAAAUAUUGGCAAUUAUGCAUUUUUCAAUACAUCUCUUCGAAAUGGUUUCACAUUUGAUAGUAUUCAAAAAAUUGGUGAUCUAUCAUUUGCAUACACUCACUUACAAACUGUUACUCUAUUCGAAAUCAGAUAUGAUUACUAUAUGAAAUAUCCAAUUUUGAUGCAAUUCAAAAAUAGAGAAUAUGCAGUAUAUGUAGCCCCAUUCAAAUGUUGUAAUGAUUUGACAAAGGUUGUUUUCAAAUGA